AUGCUUCGCAUUGCACUGAUAUUUGCUUUUCUGGCCGCUGCGGGAACGCUGGCUCAACGUUCGAUCCCUAACACAUGGCCUCAAAAUUACACUGGUAUACCACGUGGGGACUACUCCCCUGAAUGGCAGCACUACUUUGAGGUGAAAGGUGCACUACCGAACGUUACCAAACCGUUCGCCCCCCGGAGCUUUGCUGGCAACAUCAAGGUCAACCGCCCGGGCCAUGAUAACGAUACCCUGUUCUUCUGGGCCAUCGAAAAAGAGCUAGGCUCGUUGACAGCUCCCGAAGUCGAGAGGAACGAUAAACCCUGGUUGAUCUGGCUCAACGGCGGCCCUGGGUCAUCGAGCUUCCUUGGGUUCAUGACGGAGAACGGACCCCUGCACGUCACCGCCGACUAUUCGAUUGUUGAGAACAAGUACAGCUGGGACAAGCUCGCCGACGCUAUUUGGGUAGACCAGCCUGUUGGCACCGGCUUUUCCACGGCGGACACGACGGGAUACAUUGCGGAUGAGGAUCAGAUGGGACAAGACUUCUUAGGAUUCCUGUCAAAUCUAGUCAAGGUGUUCCCAAGCCUGGCUAAAAGGCCGUUUUACCUCACCGGAGAGAGCUAUGCCGGCACAUAUAUCCCGUACAUUACCAAGGCGAUUUUUCAGAGUCCCAAACCUCCCGUUAACCUCGUGAAAUUCGCUAUCGGUGAUGGAGCUAUAGGCGAUCUGGCAACUUUUGAAGAACUUCCUGCUGUUCAAUUAAUCGAGACGUACCCGCAAUUGGUCAAUUUUGACAUUGAUGUCCUGAACUAUUUCAAGGAACAGCAGCAUCUCUGCGGUUAUGAUCUGAACUUCACAUAUCCUCAGAAUGGCCACUUCCCCACUCUGUUGGAUCCGUUUGCAAGCGUCUCUAAUGACGAUGCUAUGAACGGCGCCUUCUUCUCUCGUGGGAGCUUCACUCUCCGCUCCGACUCCUGGCGGACUGCUAUUGCUGAGCGAUACGCUUCCCGAGCUAACGCCGGAAAAAUCGUUAAGCGCAAGCCAGAAGAACGUGAGAUGGCGCGCCAAGCCUGGAAGCAAGAAAAGCGAGACCUCAGCCAAAGGGCCAAUGGAACCAUCGAUCCAUGGUACGGAUGCUUCCUCUUGGACGAGCUGACUGACUACGCGGUCAACUUCUCCUUCCCAUGGACCCUCGGCGGGUUUGAUGUUUAUGACAUACCUGAUGCGCUCAACCCGGAGGCUCCUUCCGAUCCUUCUGUCUUCUUGAACAAUCACAUCACACGAUCGGCGUUGCACGCGCCAACCAGCAAGAACUGGACCUCCAGUUUCAAUUAUCCUUUCAAUUCGAGUCGUGCUCAGAUCCCUGGAGCCAACGAGUUCGGCGACCCAAGUGUACCGCCUAUGGCUUUCUUGUCAGAACUUGCUGCGAAUGCGAGUGCUCACCACGUUUCGAUGGUGUUCUACUCCGGAAAUGACGAUGCGUUGGUUGCACAUCGUGGAACUGAAGUCAUCAUUCAAAACAUGACGUUCGGAGGUAUACAAGGCUUUACCCGUGUGCCAUCCACCCCAUGGUUCGACGAUGAUGGGAACCUUGCCGGCAUAGUACACCAAGAGCGCAACCUCGCCUAUGUGCUUUUCAUCGGCGCUGGACAUCUAGUGCCGCAAUGGAAACCCGAUGCUGCAUUUGUCUUCCUGCGCGAGUUCAUUCUCGGAUCGAACAAGACCGGUCUAGUUGUCGAUCCGCAUAAGCCUGCCAUCGGCGGCGAAGAUCCAUCGAUUGCGCCAGCUGAUGUGAUACCAGGCACGACAGCGAUCUUCUACGGCAGUGGAACAACAGUAUCCAGCGCUCUUGUUGCCAGCGCAAGCAUAGCCAGCUGGGAGAGCGUGGUUGUGCACGCGACCAUCACGGCUGGUGCUCAUGCCACUUCAUUAGGGUUUUAG